UGCCAGGUAACCCGCGCCGGCCCCGGAGGCUUGGAGGCGCGCGACUGGCCCGGGCCUCGCUGGGGACGGAGGACGUGGGCAGGGGCGGCCCCCGGCCAGACGGGAGGCUGGCCGGGAGCCUCGGCCGGUUCGCGAUGGUGGAGAGACGCUUCUCCAAGUUCCUGCAGAAACUCUCCCUCUCGGGCCCGGGCCGCCAGUACCAGGUUCUGGGAAAGGACGAGGUGGAAAUCUUGAUUGAUGAAGCAUGUGAGCUGAAAGCCAUCGAAAAAGAGAAGAAGGUGGCUGCUCUGCCCCCCAAGGAAGCGUGCAAGUGCCACAAAGAGGAUUUGGCCAAAGCACUUUGCGUGGACUUACAGACGGGACUGUCUGAGUUCUCGGUGGCACAGCGCAGGCUGGUCCACGGCUGGAAUGAGUUUGUUGCUGACAACACCGAACCCAUAUGGAAGAAAUACCUCGAUCAGUUUAAGAACCCGCUGAUCCUGCUGCUGCUGGGCUCCGCCUUGGUGAGCGUCCUCACCAGGGAGUACGAGGAUGCCGUCAGCAUCGCAGUGGCUGUGCUCAUCGUGGUCACUGUGGCCUUCAUCCAGGAGUACAGGUCGGAGAAAUCUCUGGAAGAGCUGACGAAGCUGGUGCCUCCGGAAUGUAAUUGCCUCCGAGAAGGAAAACUCCAGCACCUGCUCGCUCGAGAGCUGGUUCCCGGAGACGUUGUGUCUCUCUCCAUCGGAGACCGGAUCCCCGCGGACAUCCGCCUCACAGAGGUCACAGACCUCCUGGUGGAUGAAUCCAGUUUCACAGGGGAAGCCGAGCCGAGCAGUAAAACCGACAGCCCACUGACGGGCGGGGGUGACCUCACCACCCUGAGCAACAUCGUCUUCAUGGGGACCCUCGUGCAGUACGGGAGGGGCCAGGGAGUCGUGAUUGGAACGGGGGAGAGGUCUCAGUUUGGAGAAGUGUUUAAGAUGAUGCAGGCUGAAGAGACGCCUAAAACCCCUUUACAGAAAAGCAUGGGCAAGCUAGGGGAGCAGCUGACGCUUUUUUCCUUCGGCAUAAUCGGUGUGAUCAUGUUCAUCGGCUGGUUGCAGGGGAAGCAGCUGCUCAGUAUGUUCACGAUUGGAGUCAGUCUGGCUGUAGCAGCCAUUCCAGAGGGUCUGCCCAUCGUUGUCACAGUCACCUUGGUCCUGGGAGUGCUGCGGAUGGCCAAGAAGAGGGUCAUUGUGAAGAAGCUGCCGAUCGUGGAGACUUUAGGUUGCUGCAACGUCCUCUGUUCUGACAAGACAGGGACUCUGACUGCCAAUGAAAUGACGGUGACCCAGCUCGUGACGUCCGAUGGGCUUCAUGCCGAGGUCAGCGGAGUUGGGUAUGACGGCAAAGGGACUGUGUGUCUUUUACCAUCAAAGGAAGUGAUUAAGGAAUUUUCCAAUGUUUCAGUGGGCAAGUUAGUGGAGGCGGGCUGUGUUGCCAACAACGCUGUCAUCAGGAAGAAUGCUGUGAUGGGCCAGCCCACGGAGGGGGCCUUGAUCGCCUUGGCAAUGAAGAUGGACUUGAGUGACAUUAAAAAUUCAUAUGUAAGAAAGAAAGAGAUUCCAUUCAGCUCAGAGCAGAAGUGGAUGGCGGUAAAAUGCAGCCCAAAGAAUGAGGAUCGAGAAGACAUUUACUUCAUGAAGGGGGCCUUUGAAGAGGUGAUUUGCCACUGCACCAUGUACAAUAACGGGGGCAUCCCCCUGCCACUGACGCCCCAGCAGAGGUCGUUCUGCCAGCAGGAAGAGAGGAGGAUGGGAUCCCUCGGUCUACGGGUGCUGGCCCUGGCCUCAGGGCCCGAGCUGGGGAGGCUGACGUUUUUGGGUCUCGUCGGCAUCAUCGACCCUCCACGGGCCGGCGUGAGGGAAGCGGUGAAAGUUCUCUCGGAGUCAGGAGUGUCCGUGAAAAUGAUAACGGGAGAUGCUCUGGAAACAGCCUUGGCAAUAGGCAGAAACAUCGGCCUGGGCAACGGGAAGCUGCAAGCCAUGUCUGGAGAGGAGGUGGACAGCUUGGAGAAGGACCAGCUGGCUGACCGCGCCUCAAAGGUGUCUGUGUUCUUCAGGACCAGCCCAAAGCACAAGCUCAAAAUCAUAAAGGCUUUGCAGGAGUCAGGAGCCAUUGUGGCCAUGACUGGGGAUGGGGUGAACGAUGCGGUUGCCCUGAAGUCUGCCGACAUUGGAAUUGCCAUGGGGCGGACAGGGACGGAUGUCAGUAAAGAGGCCGCCAACAUGAUCCUGGUGGACGACGACUUCUCAGCCAUCAUGAAUGCAGUGGAGGAAGGCAAGGGGAUUUUCUACAACAUCAAAAACUUUGUCCGGUUCCAGCUGAGCACGAGCAUCUCCGCCCUGAGCCUCAUCGCUCUGUCAACCGUGUUCAACCUGCCCAGCCCCCUGAAUGCCAUGCAGAUCCUGUGGAUCAACAUCAUCAUGGACGGGCCACCGGCGCAGAGCUUGGGGGUAGAGCCAGUUGACAAAGACGCCCUCAGGCAGCCUCCGCGGAGCAUCAAGGACACCAUCCUCAGCCGUGCCCUCCUCCUGAAGGUGCUCCUGUCUGCCGCGGUCAUCAUCAGUGGGACCCUGUUCAUCUUCUGGAAGGAGAUGCCCGAGGACAAAGCCAACACCCCGCGCACCACAACGAUGACAUUCACGUGUUUUGUAUUGUUUGACCUCUUCAACGCCUUGACCUGCCGCUCCCAGACCAAGCUGAUAUUUGAGGUCGGCUUCUUCAGGAACCACAUGUUCCUCUACUCCGUGCUCGGCUCAGUGCUAGGGCAGCUGGCCGUGAUUUACAUCCCACCCCUGCAGAAGGUCUUCCAGACUGAGAACCUGGGAGUGCUAGGCUUGCUGCUGGCCCCCCACUACCAGGGGACAGAGGACAGGGAGGCUGGGGAGGCAGCCCCAUAGGCCCAUCAGAGCCCGGGGUGGAACAUGGCUCCGGCCCAGCUCAGGGUGAUCAGUCAGGUCUGGGGCCGUAGAGACACCUCAGGUAAGACUCUUCCCUGUCACCUGAAAAGCACUGUCAGCGUGGGUCACUGCUCAAUUCCCUGCAGGAGCAGACAAAAGAAAGGGAGCCCCCAAAACAAGAUUUGACAGAUGUUUCCGUCCUCUGGGAAGAAAGGCAGCUUAACAAACGUAGAGUGACUGCUGGGCAGCCUGCGUGUUGAGAGCAGGGGCCAGAGAUGGGUCUGCCGGGCAGGACACAGCGGAGGCAGAAGGAGGCUUAGGAAUUAAUGGAAUGGAAUGAGGCAGGUUUCCUAGAUGGGGAGCUUAGCAUGGGGGUUGGGGAGUUGCGUUUGCAAGAAGCAGUGACUUGGGACCCGCCCCCUGGGUGACAGCUCCCGCCUUCCUACUCUGGCUGUAGCCACUGCUGUGGUUUAGAGCCCGGGACCAACUCUGCCUGACGAGACCGCGUGGCCGUGGGGCAGGGCCCGGACCCAGAGGGGUGUGAUGUGUACUCUGACCAUUUUCUCCCUUCCCCUUUUGGCAGAUCUGCUGUCUUUAACCGGAUUGGCUUCAUCUGUCUUCAUUGUCUCAGAACUCCUCAAACUUUUUGAGAAAUACUGCCCUAGAGCCAUGGAAGUGCAGACGUACCACGAAGACAUAUAGUGGCCCUCGUUCCCUGGCACGUCCCCCAGAGGCUCUAUUUUUACGUGACUCUGGCUCUUCCCCUAGUCCUUCUGCCAUGCAGACUCCUCAGAGGGAGAUUUGGGGACGUUAUAGCAGUAGGUCACUCACUCGGUUCUCCCCACUAGGGACCUGCAGGAGCCUCGGGAGGCCCCGGCUCUGGGACACCAGAGAGCAGCCUGCCCAGAAACAUCACACUAUUUAUUAAAUCAGUGAUUUUUAUUAUAGCGCCUGUGUCUUUGUGCCGUAGUGUGCAGCCCCCUCCUGCCAGCGCACAGCCGUGCCGGCGGCAGGACUGCCACACGUUGUCCUCCUUGAGGCCCCAUUUCCUCAUUGUAAAUGAGCGUUUGGAGUAUUUUGUAAAGUGCUAUGCCAGGGGCCUAUAGCCCGAGGUUGAGGUGGAUUUACUGUUUUUCCUGCAAAUGGCCAGUUGGAAGCCUGCAGCUAUGAGUCAGCUUUCACCUACGCUGGUGAAACCUGGGCCACAUCAGGAAGAGAAAGUGCAGAGGGGACGUCUGCAGCUCCCAGGCAGAUUCCAAAGUCCCCCAAGGUAGGAUCCACAACCUGGAAGCUCUUCUCCCCUGCCCCACCCAUGACACCAGGCUAAAGGAGGAGAUCCCAGAUGUGCCAUCUGACAAGCAGCAUUCCCAGGGGUGUCUAGAGAAGAAACCUUUAGAGCAGGGGUGGUAUCUCCCCAGAACCAAGAGGUCAAUGCUGAACCAUGUCCCACAAAUAGACUUACCAGGUGUUUCCCUCCGGGUGGGGAGUACUUCCUGAACCACUUCUCGGGAUCCUUUGGCAAACUGCUGUUCCAAGAUAUAGGCUUCCCAUUAAAAAAUAAGUAAAUAUGCCAGGCUCAGUGGCUCACGCCUAGAAUCUCAACAACUCAGGAGACCAAGGUGGGAGGAUUGUUUGACACCAACCUGGGCAACAUAGCAAGACCCUAAGUCUCUACAAAAUUUUUAACUAGCCAGGCAUGGCAGCGCGUGCCUGAGUCGGGAGGCUGCAGUGAGCCGUGAUGGGCCAUUGCAUUUCCAUCUGGGCAACACCGCAAAACCCUAUCUCUUAUACUAAAAGGAACCAGGGUCUAGUGAUACUUGCAAUAACAACAGCAAAAGAUAUUUGUACCUCUUACAUAUACCAUAUAAAAUAAGAUUGAUAAAACAAAGCUUUUGGAAGAAAAGGGUAAAUUUUACUAAACAAGACAAAACUCCAAUAAAGUAUAAUGGAUAAUUGGACCACACUAAAAUGAAGACUUUCUUUCAUCAAGGAUAUAGUAGACUUUAACACCACCAUCAAGCAACUUAGCUUGAUUUACAUUUAUAAAACAUUUUGUUAAUAGUAGCUAAAUAUUCACCAAAAUAAAAAUAGAGACCAGAAAUCAAAUUCAAGAACAGAAGAAUCAAUCUAAAGCUAGUUCUUUGAAAAGACCAAUAAAACUGAAAGAGACAAAUUGCCAAGGUCAGACCCCUUAAGAAAUUAAAAUAAUGAGGGACUAAUACCUCAGACAUCUUUAGGCACCUAAACUGAAGACAUUAAUAAACCAAACUGCCAAAACUCACUGGAGAUAAAUAAUAGUAUUGUACUGACAACAUCCAUUUUCUGCUUUUAAUAAUUGCACUCCACAGCUCUGUCGAACGUUUCUACUGGGAGAAGAUGGGCGAUGGGUAGGCAGGAACUCCUAUACAGUUUUUUGCAAUUUUUUAUGUGAAUCUAAAAUUAUUUCAAAAUAACAU